UGUAUUACUCAUCUCUGGCUUUACAAUGAAGCCGCAUGGUACGUUCCUCAUGCCGUGAUGUAUUACAUAUGUAAGUGAGUGCAGUGUCCUUGCGUUCCGUAACGAGGCUGAAGUGUUCCGUCAGUUCUGGUGUGUCAGUGGAAGACAGGACUCACAGUGUCUGGCCUGCAGUGCUUUACACUCGGGCGACAGAACUUAGAGCUUACUCCAUGCUCUACUGACUGCCAGCGUUCUCCUUGGAUGACCUACACGCAACCUCUGUUUCCGUGGAGCGGUGGACGUCAGUGCGUCACAGCCGAACACCUGCUGGUUAAGAGGAGCAGUGGGCACCAGGUCAACAACGCCGACCCUCCUGCAGGUUCCGAGUGGAGUUUGGAGCAGCUGAGUCGGUCAGCUAAACAAAAUAAGGCUGAGUAAGGACUGCCCGUACGGUCAGGUGGAGCGGACGGAGGCGCGGAAGUGGUGAGGGCGGCGAAUUCAGCUGGAAAGCCCAGGAAUCUCCAGGCACCGGUCGUUCACAUGAUGUACACUAUUAGCCGAGGGCCCAGCAAACUGGUGACACAGCGCAGGACAGGUCCAACACAACAGAUCGAGAAUAAAUUCAGUGACUUAAAGCUGAAGCCCACGUCUUGGUUCACGUCUAACUCUCCACCGCCAAAGAUUGUGUUUAACCGCCACAAUGGGAAGCGAUACAACGGUUCAGCCACACAGAAAGCCAGAGGCUCCACAGAUGGAUUCACACCUGCACAUGAGGAGAACGUCAGAUUUGUUUAUGAAGCUUGGCAGGAAGUGGAGCAGAAACUUGGAGAUGGAACUGGUGGAGAGUUGACCAACAGGCAGAGACCGAUACAGUACACUGAGAAGACCCCAAGUGCACCCAUUAAAAACUUUGUGCCUAUUGACCUAGAGGAAUGGUGGGCUCAGCGCUUCCUUGCCAACAUCGCUAACUUGGCGUGACCGUUUGUGGCUCAGAGCUGGUACAGGAAAACAACGCUUUGAUGCUUUGUUAGUGAAGGCAUCGCAGGAAUGGUACCAUGAAAAGCAAGAGCCCAUCUUCAGGGCCUGCUGUGAUGAGACCACAGAGACCUGUGUGCACAAUGAAGAGCUGCCACCAAUGCAACAACCUUGACCUGGCUGACAGCGCUGCCCAGAUUUUUUUCCGUAACGAGGGACAAGUUUUUCUUACUCUGCUGAGAGAUUCAGAUGAGAUUGUUUGUUAAAGACCGUCCUCAUUCUUCUGAGUGUGCUCUGCUGUAUGUGUCUUUGCUGAUCUUUGGAUAGAAAUACUGAAAACUGGAGAUUUGAAAGAGUAAAAGUAAUUUACAAAA